AUGUCAACCUUCACCAAGUUCACGGUCGUCGGUGCUGGCGGAGUCGGCUACAGCAUCGUUGAUGGUCUACUUAACGCCAACACUACCGUGACGAUUUUGACUCGGGACAGGCAUGACGAGACGGCGCUACAGACAGCACUGGCCGGCACUGAAGUUGUUGUGUGUGCGGUCGAUGCGCAACACCACUCCAUCCAGUACGGGGUCGCUCGAGCGGCGAAGGCGGCUGGCGUCCAGCUAUUUGUGCCCACUGAGGUAGGGAGCUUGAUCUGCCUUACGGCCCUCUUCCUUAGCGGCUUUUGGAGCGAGUACUUGCCGUUUGUUCUGGGGUUCAACUUCAAAGAGGGAACCAUGAGUGUCGUGGGCGAUGGCAACGCGAAGCUUGGCAUCGUGUCGCGGGCUGACUUCGGUCGCUUCGUCGCGCACGCGCUGAGCGACCGCAUGUCCCCGAAGGAGAUCGCUGCCAUGGCUGAAAAGAAGCUGGGAAAGACGAUUGAGCUCAAGGUGGUGGACUGCGAGAAGAGGAAGAAGAACUACGACACCGACUCCAUGGCGUACAUUCUAACGCGCAUGGGGGAUGGACGCCUCAUUCCGGGGACGGAGGAGGAGGUGAAGGAGACGGUGGCCAAGUUUUUCCCGGAUUGGAACCCGACGCCGUUCGACGUGGCCAUUGCGUAG